AUGGAUAGCGACGACGAUGUUCCCCAGUUGUCCGCUGACACCCUGAAACUGCUGCAAGAGUUUCGCGAUGACCAGGAUACACAAGCUAAACAAUUUGAGAAGCUGAAAAGCGAAGCCGAGACCAAUUUCGAGAACGGAUCCGGAAAAUUUAGUAUGGACAUGUUCGGCGAGGAUUGGAAUGCAAGUCAAUUCUGGUAUACGGACGAAACGGCACGAACGCUUGCAAAACAGCUCUUAAAGGAUGUUACAGAGGACUCGGCGAUCGCUGUUGUGUCUGCACCUAGUGUGUAUGUUGCUAUACGCAACAUUUUGUCUGAGACACCUUUGCCGUUUAAGCUCAAGUUGCGCUUGCUGGAAUUUGACCGACGGUUUGAGGUCUUCGGUACAGACUUUGUCUUUUACGACUUCGAGCAACCGCUCCGCCUGGCAAACGAGCUCCGCAGCGGUUUCGACCGCAUUAUCUGUGACCCGCCAUUCUUGUCUGAGGAUUGCCAGACUAAAGCAGCCAUGACUGCUCGCUUCCUGGCGAAAUCAUGGUCGAAGGGAGGCGAUCAGGAUUUACGCUUCAUCAGCUGCACUGGUGAACGUUGCGGCGAAAUCAUCCACAGGCUCUAUUCUCAGCUCGGUGUUCGAACAACAACGUUUCUACCGAAGCACAGCAAAGGUUUGAGUAACGAGUUCUGCUGCUAUUCUAAUUUCGAAUGUGAGGACUGGUCAUUGCAAUAG